GCGACAGGACUACUUGCCAAAGAAGCGAAUACUGUGGCAGGCACAAAUACCGUCCUCAAAUAUCACGAGCCGCCCGAGGCGCGCAAACCACCAAGCAAAGAGCAAUGGCGCAUGUUCGUCUUCAAGGGCAAGGACAUGAUUGAUACCAUCCACCUCUACUCGCGCAGCUGCUGGCUCAUGGGACGCGAUCAAGCCAUCGCCGACUUCCAUUUAGAACACCCGAGCAUCAGCAAGCAGCACGCUGUUGUGCAGUUCAGACACAUCACAAAGACAAACGAGUACGGAGAUAAGCUAAGCAAGGUCAAGCCAUAUCUCAUUGACUUGGACAGCGCGAACGGAACGCGACUGAACGGCGAGAAGAUUGGAGGUAGUCGAUACAUUGAGCUGCGGGACGGCGAUGUCGUGGGCUUUGGCGACAGCGAGAGAGAAUAUGUCAUGAUG